AUGUCUGGUUUACCGGGAGAUGGACGGGUUUCGUUGGGCAACCAUGGGCAUGAGAGUUCGGAGCAGUUUGAGGAGGCGUUGAAGGCGUUGGAGGUGUAUAAGAAGAAGGAUCCGUCGAAAGUGGUCGUCCGCUUCAAAGCAGUCGGCAAUGCCCCGAUUAUGAAACAGAACUUUUACAAGAUUACCUCGUCGAAUCGGUUCCAAGCUGUGAUACAUUUCUUGAGGAAGGAGUUGGGCUGGACUGCGGGGGAGCCUUUGUUCACGUAUAUCAACCUGUCGUUCUCCCCUGCACCUGACGAUACGGUUGCGAAUCUGUUCAAGGCGUGUGGAACCGAUGGGCAUUUGAUUGUUAACUAUAGUACAACGCAAGCCUGGGGUUAACGCUUUCUCCAAUCGCAUUCCCUUCCGACCACAUAGACCCACCCGAUUGAACCAUUUCUUUUCCCAUCCAUCUCGUUAUCUUUUCUCAUGUUCUUGUACAUUAUCUUACCCAUUCAUUUCGACCAA